AUGGGUUUUCUUUUAUCCUCGGUCCUAGCCGACGUCUUCAUGGAGGAGUUCGAGUCUUUCUCCCUCCUCACAGCGGAUCUCCGGCCGAGCCUGUGGCUACGCUACGUUGAUGACACCUUCGUAGUGUGGCCCCAUGGCCCAGACACACUCCAAGACUUCCUCCAGUACCUCAACAAGCAACACACCAGCAUCAGCUUCACCAUGGAACAAGAACAGUACGGCACCAUUCCUUUCCUGGACGUCAAGAUCUCCAGGAAUCCGGAUGGCACCCUGGGACAUAGCGUCUACAGGAAACCAACCCACACCGACCGCUAUCUCCACCAGCGGUCGUUUCAUCACCCAUGCAUCAAGUCAUCGGUCAACCGCACCCAAGUACAGAGAGCUUUUGAGGUCUGCGACCAAGACUACCUCAAGCGAGAACUCAAGCACAUCCAGACGUCACAACGGAACGGCUACAAACCCAACUGCAUCAAGAUCAGCAAACCUGACCAACGGGUCUCCUAUACCCAAGGUCCUUCCACUGUAUCUCCCUCAGUCACUCUUCCUUACAUAGGUCCAGCUUCUCAUCAUCUGCAACGCAUCCACCGACAAGCCGGCGUCAAAGUGUACCACUCAUUUGGCAACAAGCUCCAAUGCAGUCUACCGCAUUCCAUGUGA